CUGGCGCGCGGGAUAUUGAAUGUAUGUAAACAUGGAUCUGUCGCUAAGCUGAGUCUUAUGUUCCUGGUUUAGCUACAUUUUGUGACAACUUUAUCUGAAGUUACGCACCGUAAAUGAACAUCGGAGUUUGUCUAGUAAUUAUGUAGUUUGCUGGUGUUCAGGAUUGAAUGCAAUCUCAGAGCGCAGGAACAGUAGAAAUUCUAUCCGAUUAAGAUAGCUAGCUAAGUCACACAACGGCGAAAUUACUCCAGUUUGAAGAAAAUCAAUGCCUUUUAAUUGACUUGCUCAGAUUAUUCAAAAGUGGAAUUUUUGGUUUAAAUUAAUAAAGUCUUAUAUUAUGAACGGUCGGCUUGCUUAUAAUCACGAGUUACCGGAAAGAGAAAAUGAGGAGAAGCCUUGCACCAAGCCAGGUUGCCAAGAGGAAGCAAGGGGGAGAUUCGUCUGAAGAUGAGGACUGGCAUCCAGAAGCUGUUCAAAAGCGACGGAAAGGUGAGGCAGAAUCUGGCAGAGAAAGCUAUAUUUCCCCCUUCAGAAAACCCUUGACACAACUGACCAACCGGCCGGUCUGUCUGGACAGCGGUAAACAUGAAGCCUUCAUUCGUAGUAUUCUCUCAAAACCAUUCAAGAUUCCAAUUCCAAACUACACAGGUUCACUGGGGAUCCGAGCGUUGGGUUUAAAGCGAGCAGGCGUCCGGAAGGCGCUGCAUGACCCCUUUGAAGAGGGGGCUCUGGUUCUGUACGAGCCCCCAGCUCUGAGCGCCCAUGACAUGAUAAAGACAGAAAAAGAGAAGCUCCCUGUGCAUGUUGUCGUGGAUCCUGUGCUUGGGAAAGUCCUACGACCCCAUCAGAGAGAGGGAGUGAAGUUCCUGUGGGACUGUGUGACCGGAAGGCGUAUCCAGGAUUCGUACGGCUGCAUCAUGGCCGACGAAAUGGGGCUGGGAAAAACCCUGCAGUGCAUCGCGCUGAUGUGGACUCUCCUGCGCCAGAGCCCCGAUGCCAAGCCUGAGAUUGACAAGGCCAUCGUGGUGUCCCCUUCCAGCCUGGUGCGAAACUGGCACAACGAAGUGGGCAAGUGGCUGGGCAACCGCAUCCAGCCCCUGGCCAUAGACGGCGGGUCUAAGGAGGAGAUCGACAGAAAACUCGAAAACUUCAUGGCCCAGCAUGGCUUGAGGGUCCCUUCUCCCAUCCUGAUCAUUUCAUAUGAAACCUUCCGCCUGCACGCUAACGUCUUGCACAGAGGAAAAGUUGGUCUGGUCAUCUGUGAUGAGGGUCAUAGACUGAAGAACUCUGACAACCAGACAUAUUUGGCUCUGAAUGUCAUGAAUGCUCAACGUCGAGUGCUCAUCUCUGGGACUCCCAUUCAGAAUGACCUGCUGGAGUACUUCAGCCUGGUGCACUUUGUCAAUGCUGGCAUUCUGGGGACUGCUCAGGAGUUUAAGAAGCGCUUCGAGGUGCCAAUCUUGAAGGGGCGCGACGCCGAUGCCAGCGACAAAGAUCGGCAGUGCGGAGAGGAAAAACUCAAAGAGCUCAUCGGCAUCGUAAACCGGUGUUUGAUUCGGAGGACCUCUGACAUCCUGUCCAAGUAUCUGCCCGUGAAGAUCGAGCAGGUUGUCUGCUGCAGGCUGACCCCUCUUCAGGCAGAGCUGUACAAGCAGUUCCUGAGGCAGGCCAAGCCGGCGGAAGAGCUGCAGAAGGGAAAGAUCAGCAUGUCCUCCCUCUCCUCCAUCACCUCCCUCAAGAAGCUCUGCAACCACCCAGCUCUCAUCUAUGACAAGUGCAUGGAGGGGGAGGAGGGCUUUGAAGGGGCGCUGGAGCUCUUCCCCUCCGGAUACUCCACUAAAGCAGUGGAGCCCCAGCUCUCUGGAAAGAUGCUGGUUCUGGACUAUAUUCUGGCCAUGACAAGAAGCACCACCAGUGACAAGGUGGUGCUCGUCUCAAACUACACACAGACUCUGGACCUCUUUGAGAAGUUGUGCCGAUCUCGGAGAUACCUCUACGUUCGACUGGAUGGCACAAUGUCUAUCAAAAAAAGGGCCAAGGUUGUAGAGCGAUUCAACAGCCCCUCCAACCCAGAGUUCAUCUUCAUGCUCAGCAGCAAGGCCGGAGGGUGUGGCUUGAAUCUCAUUGGAGCAAAUCGCCUUGUGAUGUUUGACCCUGACUGGAACCCAGCCAAUGACGAGCAAGCGAUGGCUCGUGUCUGGAGGGAUGGGCAGAAGAAGACCUGCUACAUCUACAGGUUGCUUUCGACCGGGACGAUCGAGGAGAAGAUCCUGCAGAGACAGGCCCAUAAGAAGGCUCUGAGCAGCUGUGUGGUGGACGAGGAGCAGGACGUGGAGAGACACUUCUCCCUGGAGGAACUGAAAGAGCUCUUCACUCUCACCCAGGACACUGACAGCGACACACACACCAGGUUCCGCUGCCGGCGCUGUGUGAACGGGCGGCAGGCGCGCCCCCCUCCGGAGGAUUCGGACUGCACCAGCGACCUUUCCCAGUGGCACCACUGCGCCGACAAGAGGGGCCUGAGGGACGCGGUGCUGCAGGCCUCCUGGGACGCCGCCGUGUCCUUCGUCUUCCACCAGCGCUCCCACGAGGACCAGAGAGGGGUGGUGUGAGCGGCCGGAAGGGGCCGUGUGGUACCGGGACAUCGGGCGCAAGGGGCCGGAACUUAGCCACGGUGUUGAGGAAGUGAGUGGUGAUGAUCGCUCACUUGAGCCCCACCUUAAUCUUGAGUGACCGCCUUCCUCCUGCCAGUCUCAGACCUUCGUUACAGCUUGAAGACCCCCCCCCCCCCCCCCUUCAGUGUUUAGGUUGGGAAACUGACACGUCACUGAUGAGAAUAUGAAAGGUUUGAAGAAUUUCUUCAGACUGUGGACCUACCUUGAUUCUUCACUUUAUACUUGUUUUGUUCAAAGUUUUAUUUAUGGUGUAAAUAUGUACUGUCCCUUUAAAAAUGGUCUCA